UCAUGGUACUUUAACCGCGACAGUGUAGCGUUGCCAGGUUUUCACGUGUUUUUUAAGGAAAGGGCCGACGACCAGAUGAACAUUACUAGAAAGUUCAUGGAAUACCAGAACAAACGUGGUGGUCGUGUUAUAUUGAAGGACAUUCCGGCGCCUCCAAUACAGGAGGGUUGGACACCCUUGAAGGCCAUGGAGGCGACCAUACAGGUGGAACAGAGUCAGACUAAGGCUAUCAUGGAUUUGACCGCACUCGCCGAUCGUGUUAUCGAUCUUAAGGAAUUAGGUGAUCACGUGACACAAUUGAAGCGAGUGGGCCCAGGAAUCGGCGAAUAUCUAUAUGAUAAAAAUUCAUUGAACGGAUCAUACUUUGAUAAAAUUGAUCGCAAUUCUUAUUAA